GGCUCGGGCGGGCUCGGCCCCGCCGCUGCCUUCCGCCGGAACUGCCGGCAGGGCUGUGCGCGGCCCAUGUGGGUCUGCCCGCGGGGAUGGUGCAGGACCCGGGCGGGAUGCUGGUGGCGGAGCUGCUGCUGCGGGCGGGGGCGGCUCGCAGCAUCCUCUGCCUCUGCUCCCGCGCCUUCGUCGAGGAUCGAAAAUUAUAUAAACUGGGAUUAAAAGGAUUUUAUGUCAAAGAUGACAAUGACAGUACAGGGGAAGAAGAAGCGUCUGAGGAGGAGAACCAUUGUCCCAAUGUGAGAUUUAAGGUGGAUACUAAUCAUGCACUGGACCCGGAAGAAGUUGAACUAGACUCAGAAGCUGAGCUUAUGAAGAGCAUGGGGUUGCCUCUUCAGUUUGGUGGGCAGUCAGCCCAGAGAGACUUUGUGGCAACAGAAAAUUAUAAAAAGAGAAAUAAUAUGAAAUUUAUGAAAAAGAAAAAGAAGAAGAAAAAAGAGUUACAGCAAAAACAUGAGGAUAAAAGGGGACAGGAAUGCCAGGAUGAAGGUUGUGGUGGUAGUGUCCAGGCCAUUUCUGGUGAGCUGGCCCUAGCUACAGAGCAAUGUGAGGUGAGCAGUAAACCUCAGAUUGUAGUUGAAGAGAACUGCAAAAGUUCAGAAAGCCUUGCAAAUGAGGCUUUAUCCAGUGAACUUCAGGAAAAAUGGGAGAAGUACUGGAGCGAGUAUGGAGAGGGCCUUCUUUGGCAAAGUUGGUUGCAGAAGCAUCAAGAGGUCUCAUCAUCUGAAGCCAUCACAGCCUCUGAGCCUUGGAAUAGUCUGGACACCAAGGGAGAAUGGGAGCAGCAUUAUAAUGAACUGUACUGGUAUUAUUGGGAACAGUUUCAGUACUGGACAAGCCAAGGAUGGACUAUUGAGAGCUCACAUGGGGACAAGGUGGAAGUUAAUGGGGUUACGCAGGAGACUGGUCCUUCAGGAGAAAUGAACUUGGUUAGCCAAGGGCCUGAAUGCAGAGAAAUGCUGAGCUUGGAGCUGUCUCCCUCUAACACCAGAAGUGAUGAAACACUCCCUUCAAGUGCUGAGCUCCACAGUGAAAUCAUCUCUGGAAUUUGUAAUUUAAAUCUGAAUUUAAACGAAGUGGAGCAGAGCAGUGCAGCUCUAACAGUAGCCCACCAAGGUCAUCAAGAGCACAGUUUGUCUGAUGUUGGAAGUCAGAAGGAGCCCUGUGAUGGAGGAACUAGGAAAAGGAGCGCAUCUUGUGAAAAUAAAAGUGUUAACCAGUCAGGUUCACAGGAGUCAUGUAACCUGAAUUCAAAUGAAAAAGAGCAGUUGCUGCUUCAUGACCAAGAUGAAGAUGAGGACGAAGAGCCUCCUGAAUACAGACAUGUCAAAGUCAAGAGAAGUCAUGAACUGGAUGUGGAUGAGAACCCAGUGGAAGAUCCUGAAGAAACCUGCUCUGUGUUGGGUUUCAAGUGUGGAACAGGACAAAAGUAUGGUGGAAUUCCAGAUUUCACCCACAGAAGUGUGCAGUACUUGGAGAAAAAAGCAAAACUCAAGUCCAAAUACUUGGACAUGCGUAAACCAAGGAAGAGCAAAAACACACAUAUCUUCUUUACAGAGGAAUCUGAAAUGACAUGCAAAAAAAGCAAAACUUUGAAGAAGGUGGAAAUGUUCCUGAAGCGGGUUAGUAAACCCGAGGAGGAAGCUACAUCCCAGACAGCCGUCCCUCAGAGUAAAUCGGAGGCAUUGUCUGAGAGCAGCAGCGACUCAGAGGGUCAGGAAGGCCUUACUGCCACACAGACUGUGAUGCUGAAUGCUGAAAACCAAAAGCCACCAUCUUCCAGUGCAGCCUGCACAGAACCUGUAGGGAGUAACCUUGAGGAGGAGGCACAGGAAGCUGCAGAGAGUGGCUCCAAUGAGCAGGGUGCAGCGGGGCCAGAGUGUGGUGGUGGGCGGCAACUUGUCCCUCUGGAUAUUCCCGAUUACCUCCAGGCAAACACAGAGGACGUCAGCCAAGCUGUAGAUGAAAAAAUUACCACAAAGAAGAAGGAGAAGAAAAGAAGAAGAAGGAAUAAAAUUGCACUGAGAUCUAUACCUGCUGAGAUUGCUGCUGAUCCAGAGCUGGUCAAGUACUGGGCACAACGCUACCGGCUGUUCUCUCGGUUUGACGAGGGAAUUAAACUGGACAGAGAGGGUUGGUUUUCUGUUACUCCUGAGAAAAUAGCUGAGCAUAUUGCAGUCCGUGUUAGUCAGUCAUUCAACUGCGAUAUCAUAGUGGAUGCGUUCUGUGGGGUUGGAGGAAACGCUAUUCAGUUUGCACUGACCUCAAAAAGAGUGAUCGCUAUCGACAUCGAUCCCGAGAAGCUCAGCCUGGCGCGCAACAACGCCGAGGUGUACGGUGUGGCGGAUCAGAUCGAGUUCGUGUGCGGGGACUUCAUGGUGCUGGCUGCCGACCUGCAGGCAGAUGUGGUGUUCCUCAGCCCACCCUGGGGGGGACCUGAUUAUGCUACUGCCGAAAUCUUCGAUAUCCAGACCAUGAUUUGCCCAGAUGGAUUUGAAAUUUUCAGGCUCUCCAAGAAGAUCACCAACAACAUUGUGUAUUUUCUACCUCGGAAUGCUGAUCUUGAUCAGGUGGCUUCCUUAGCAGGCCCAGGAGGGAAAGUUGAAAUAGAACAAAAUUUUCUCAAUAACAAACUGAAGACCAUAACAGCUUAUUUUGGUGAUCUAAUAAGACAUGACAUCUCCUGAACUCAGUGUGGAUUCUUCCAAGCCCAACCGCCCUGACUGCUGCUUUGCUUAAGCUUUUGUACAGCUGGCUGGUCAGAAAUGACUUAAAGCCAUUUUCCACUUUAAUUUCUGUUUACAGAAGUUUCUUCUGUUUAUUGCUACUGUCAAUAAAUGUUUUAUAAUAAUUUUGACGAA